AAAAAUAGUUUCAGUCUCAUUUGCUUGGGACGAUGCGUGAGGAGGGCGGCACUGUGCGGAGAGCUUGCCGCUGAAGGAGCGUCGCAGUUGAACACAGGAAAGUCGCCACCGUGCUCGGCUCCUCUGACCCACAGUCCUAGUUGGCACCUGGACAAGGACUCCUGACUGGCAAAUCCGUACGAGCUGAGGAUUUUCCUAGAAGCUCGUGAAGUUUGUUGGUGGGAGUUAAUUUUUCGGACUUGGCGCUCGUCCUUCCUCCUUCCGUCCGGCUUGCCUUGCGAACAGGAAAAUGGAAUUUAAAGUGGAGGCGCAUCGGAUUAUGAGUAUCUCUUUGGGAAAGAUUUACAACUCCAGGGUUCAACGAGGCGGCAUUAAACUCCACAAAAACCUUCUGGUGUCUUUGGUGUUACGAAGCGCCCGGCAAGUCUACCUCAGCGACUACUACCAAGGGGUCUGCCUGAACGCUCAAACGAUGGACACGGCGCAGCCCUGGCCGCCCGGAGAGACCAUGGACUCUGAACUCGACGAGAACGACUCGAGAGAACACGAGCUGACCCACGAGGUAGGGAGCGACGUGCGGACCUCCACGCCGGAGCGCCCUGGCAGCCCCGUCCCGGCGCUCCUUAACGACGCGCUGGCGGCGCCUCAGCCAGUAGCCCCUCCCCAGCUGCCCAGCAGGCGCUGCUCAAACGCGGCCGCGCGCGAGGGGGAAGCAAACGCGACACGGGAAUGCGGCGCCCUCGGGGGCGUGGAAAGUGACUCAGACACGCCGUCUAACCCACCGGCGGCUUCCUUCUGCAGGAAGAGGCGAAGCUGUGAGAAGAUGACGACUCCGCCGCCGGAAUCGCCUCUGAAAAAGAUCAAGCAGCAACAGCAGCCCACGGCAACCACCAUCUCUACUACUACUACUACGACGACGACAGCGGCAGAGGCACAGGAGCUGCCGCCACAGGCGGGCGACGGAGAGGAGGAGAUGGACACGAGCAACGUCUCCAGCCUCAUUUCUAUUUUCGGUUCCAGUUUCAGCGGACUUCUCGGCAAGGAAAGCCCGGCGGUGGAACCGGGUGCCGAGGACAGUGAGCCCGAACCUCCAUCGGGACAAAUCUGUUGCGAACAGGUGCUUAAGAACAUUGCGCCCUGGAGCACGGCCAUUGUGGCCUUUUAGCGCCCUGCAAGUUGGGGGAGGGGGUAGUGGCGGGGAGGGGAGCUGGUUUCCCCACGUGUGCACACACACAGAUUGAGGGGAGGCUCACAGGGGGCUCUCCCCGUGGACCGGAAGCGGAAUUGGCGGCGAAGGCUGGCGCCCACCCGGACCCCCGUGGGUUGCCCGCUGGCCCAGCGCUGCGGACUGGAACACCUCCCACUAUUCCGGACUGGACUUGUCUUUGUUUUAUAAAGACGUGUAUUAUUUGUAGACAUGUACAGACGUGUUUCCAUUUUUUAAUUACAGUUCUGUAUUU